AAACACAAACACAUGAAUGGCAAGAAGACAGAGAGUUUGAGGCAGAGAGAAGAAUAAAUGUACACGUUUUUAGUGCAUACAAGGAUAUGUGCCCGAUAUCGCUCAUGAGUUUCAAUCAAGAGUUUGUAACAUCUCUCUCUCUCUCUCUCUCUCUCUCUCUCUCUUCCAAAAAUGUCCUAGUCCUCGUAUCCUAGUUUUUCUAUAUUAAGACCUUGUAACUGCAAAACAGGAGCAGUUCCUUCCAUACAUAGCUCAGAGCUUUUAUCACUGGCCCAUCAAAAAGCUUUUGAAUUUGAAUAUAUUUCUCUGCUACAAAAAGGUUAUCUCCAUGCCACAUAACUAGUAAAUUGCUUUUGCUAAUUUCCUCCACACGUACCCUCCAAAGUGAGAGCAGGUCAUUCAGAAAACCCAACAUCAGCCUAUAUCAUCUGAAGUUCAAUGGAGGGGAUGCAACAACUAGAGAAAGAUUAUCAGAGAGACAGAGAAAGCAAGAAUUCCGCUCUUAUCCUGGAUCUAAGCCUCUCUAGGGAAGAUUCCAGUCGCGGGUCGAAUCCGGAACUGGAUCUCAUCCGAGGUUUCGACUCUGAUUCACCUCGCAACUCUGAAGACACCCUUCAAGGUAGUGAAAACGAGCCAAGAGUGUUUUCAUGCAACUAUUGUCAGAGGAAAUUUUACAGCUCUCAAGCACUCGGAGGACACCAGAAUGCGCACAAGCGAGAGCGGACGCUAGCAAAGCGUCACCGAAUCGGUGGCUUUGGUUAUUCCAGCAUGGCCUCCCUGCCUCUGCAUGGCUCUUAUAACAGAUCUCUUGGCAUUCAAGUGCAUUCUAUGAUCCACAAGCCGUCUCACACUUACGGGCAAGACGGGUGGACUCGGCAAUCACUGAAUCAGCAGCCUGCAGUUGGAAAACUUGUGGUACAGGAUUCUUUUCAUGUGGGAAUAACCACCACAGGAUCAUCAUCAAAUUCCGGGAUCGGCAGAUUCGAUGGAGUCAGGAAGAUUCCUUCUGCUGCUGAAGGGAUGGGAGGAUUCUGGUGGGGCAGUGUGAACCAUUUGGAUACCAAACAAGAUGAAGUGCAGACCAUUGACUUGUCCCUGAAACUCUGAGCUGCUUUUUCUCUUCCUUUUUUCCCCUUUUUUUGCCCUCUCCAAGCAAAAGUACUGGCAUUAUCUUACUUCUUCAGGCAAAGUUGGUUUAUUUUGUUUUAGUUUUAUCAUUCUGUACAUUCUUUUCUGAGUAUAGACAUAAAUCACUGUGGGAUAGACUAAUUUCUAGUA